CAUAAUCUGAGCCAAUCAGGCACGCGUUCGCAACGACAAUGGCCCAAGGCUGUGAAUAGGAGCCAGACUUUCGAGUUCUUAUUCUAACAACCUUACCACACAACCGCCAGCAACAAUUUCCCGAACGUUCACCUCUCUACACCCAAUCGACAAAGGAACCUCAUCUUUCUGCGACUCGAAGUAAUCGUAUUUGUUUUCUUUGCAUCGAUAGCCAAUUGCGUAAACCGAUCGAUCGGUCUUGAAUUACUUAAUUCACCCGGCGCAGCUGCUUGAAAGAGCUCCCAGCCCCUUAGUCGAAUACCCGAUCGUAAAUCACCAUGGCCGACAUUGAUGAUGAGCUUUUAGCUCUCGCCGGAGGCGGAGAGUCCUCUGACGAGGAAGAGGAGGAGGUGAUGUCCGAGGUGGAGAGUAGGGCGCAAUCCGCGUCACCACCGCCCAAGGCGGCUGCGAAAAAGUCCGCUGCGAAAAAGGUGAAGAAGCGCGCUGGAGGAGGCGACUCAGAAGAAGAAGGAGAGGCCUCUUCAGCACCCGGUAGCCCCAACUCGAUAGGAUCCGCCGCCAUGGACGAGUCCGACUCCGAGGCCGAGCCGCAUAGGGCGGGCCAAGACGAUGAUGAGGAGGAUAAGUACCCGAUCGACGGCAUGUUCAAAAGCCGCGCCGAGAAGGAAAUGGUCAUGGCCAUGCGCGAAGUCGAGAGAGAAUCGCUGCUCGCAGAGCGACAGGCCGAAAUCGAGCGCCACAGACAGAAUCGCAUGCUGCGACAGCUUGUCAGCAAGCAGGAGAACGAGGAGAAAAAGCAGAAGCUCAAGAAGCGCAGCGCCGACGCUGCCGACCUCGACGACGAAUCGCGCACGACAGCGCGGCCGCGCACCGACGGCAAGACGUCAGCAAUAGAUGAGCUACGUCGCGCGCGUGCGGAAAAGGUCGACCGCAUUCGUCGUCGCGAGGAGGAGCGCAAGGGGCUUAGGUCGCCGCGCGAUGACUACCAGGACGACAGCGAUGAGGGAGGCGAUUACGAGGAGAACCAACGCCGCCGGCACCGCAAGUCACGAUCGCCGGAGGACGAAAUUGUCGCACGCGAGUUGCCGCCUCCAGACAUUCGGGAUUUCGAGCGCAUUCGCGUCGGAAAGAGUCGUUUCGCGGAGCACUGCUUCCACCCAAGCUUCGAGACGACCAUGAUAGGAUGCUACGUCCGCAUCAGUAUCGGUCCCGACCCCAAGACGGGCCAGGACGAGUAUCGCAUGGCGCGCAUUCAAUCCAUUACAGUUGGCAAGCCAUACGCCAUGACAGGCCCUAGUGGUGCCUUUGUGACCGAUCAGUAUGUUCUGGCAGCUCAUGGUAAGGCAGAGCGGCCGUUCCCAUUCAUCUUCCUGUCAGAUCGGCCAUUUACUGAGCGUGAAUACAAUCGAUACGAAAAGGUCAUUCAGUCCGAGGGCCUGACUUGGCCCAAGAAGAAGACCCUCAUGGACAAGAUUGACGAUAUUAACGCGCUCAUCGCGUACCAUCUCUCCACCACCGAGAUUGACGAGCGCAUUCAGCGCAAGGCCGCGCUCCGCAAGAAGUUCGAUCCCAAGCUGCGUGAGCGCCUCGCUCAAGACAUCGAGGUCGCCCGCGCCCAAGGGAACACCAGAAAAGCAGAGGACCUGCAGGAGCAGCUCGACGACCUCAAAACGAACGUAUUGGCCUUCAAGACGAGCCUUAGCGAGACCUCAUCUAAGCCCAGCGCAACAUCCCAGCAGGACCGGUUAGCUAACAUCAACCGCCAACGCCGGCUGGAGAACGCCGAGAACGUUAGGAGAGCACAGCUCAAGGAGAAGGCCGAGGCGCGUAAGCUGGAGGCGGCGCUGGAGAGGGGCGAGGAUAUCAAGAACGAUUUGUCGCGACGGCUGCGGACAAAGGCCAAGUUCAUCCACGACGCCAACGAUACGGGCAGCAAGAAGACAAAGGACAGCAAUGCGAGCACACCCGCCAACGGCACGCCCAAGAUGGGCGCUCAGGAGAAGAACUUCUUGCCCAACUUGGUCAAGCUGCAGGCUGCGAACCAGGAGAAGAAGGGCAUCCCGACGAUUCACAAGCCGCUCAUGGACGAUGACAUUAUCGGAUCCCUGGAUCUCGAUAUUGACAUUGACAUUGACUAAAGAAGUCUUGUUUAGCGGCGGAAACUUUUGCAAGGUUGCGCGGGAGGGACUUGGCCUGGCUGGAGACUGUGGUAGGUUGCUAUAAAAGUUGCUAUAAAGGGGCAUAAGAGGGUUUACGGGUACAGAGGCCUAGCAUCACAUGGCACCUUUCCAGCGCAGUAGUUGUAGAGUAGAGAAAAAGCGUUUUGGCAGGGCUCUCUGCGUGAGCGAAGUAAUCGACGCGAUAGAGCAAACAAGAAUGAAACAGGCUGCGCAAGCACUCGUCGAUAUCAUGGAUACUCGGCCGUAAUCUCACCUGCCUUCCCUCAGAGUAGCCUAAUUUCUUCCAAUGACCGUAUCCUGGGCGUGAGGCCCAU